UGGCCUCGAUGGCGUCGCUACUCCCGUCCACCAGCUGGAGCGUCGGUGACUCGGGCUUCAAUGACCGCCAGCAUUCGGAAUCACAAGGCCCCGAGUCCCUCCUGCGCCGGCUCCUGGUCAACGUCGGCAACCGCGUGGCGCACAUCACCGGCGCCGAUAAGAGCGAGGUGUACAAGCUCAUGAAGGCCAUGGCCGACGAGCUGUACCACGAGCAGCUGCUGGCGCGACCGGCCGCCAUGCAGUCGCAGCUGGCACAGUCGGUUGCUAGGCAGCACACGGCGACCACGACGACGGCGAUGGGCGUGGAUGGGGAGUGCUAUCCAGGCACGAUCAACCCGCACAUACUGCAGCGGGAGCAGGUCGAGAUCAUACAGAUGGCCUUGACGGGGAACACGUUCGACGGCACCGUCGACGUGUCGCAGUACUCGGGCGGACAGUCGGGGUAUGCGCGGCCGCUAGUGGCGUACGAGCGGUCGCACCCGGCGCUGCUGGAGCGCCACCUGGCGGACAUUGUCGGCACGAUCGACGGAGCUAGUCGGCCGGCGGGCAGCGGGCAGGGGAACGACCUCACGCUGGGCGAGCGACAGUCGUUCCGGCGGGGAACGAGAAGGCUCAGGGAUCCCGGCGAGGACCUGGACAGCGCUGCCGACUACUCCAAUAGCGAGUCGAAUCUUGACCCGCAACUGCAGCUCACCAGCCGCACACACUUCGACCCAUACAUACCCGGGGAUGCACGCUCCAUCGAGCCGUCAACCAGCAAGAACAUGGGCCCGCCGUCGUCGUUCACGUCGCUGUCGCUGUCGCAGCAGUCUCCCGGGUACAGACAGUGCAAGCGGACGAAAACGGUCGCGUCCGAGCCCAUCAACGAGACGGAGACGUCGUCGCAGGCCGGGGGUGACCGCAACCGCGGGCCAAGCAGGGCACCCGGACCGUCCGAGCACGGCAACGAAACGGAGACCUCCUCGCAGGCUGGGCAGGAUCGAACCUGCGACAGCUGCAGCCGGCACUUCCCCUUUCCGCGCGACCUCAAAGCGCACAUCCAAGCGCACCACGCCGGCGGCAUCAAGUGCGACGAGUGCAGCGCGUGCCUGUCGAACCAAUACAGCCUUCAGCGGCACAAGGCAUCCAAGCACGGCGUGGGCCGGCACUGCGGCCACUGCCCGACCACCUUCGGCACGCUCACCGCGCUAAGCAAGCACAUGGCCAAGGAGCACGGCGUCGGCGAGCACUGCAACUUCUGCGACUGCGCCGUGACAAAGCUCGAUCGCCACCUGGCCGAUCAUCAUGGACAGGGACAUGCGUGCAGGACUUGUCCGAGAUUCUUCGCUACGGAACAUUCCGCUAGGCAUCACAGGAAGAAUUGCGUCGGCAACCAGCUGCAAAACCAGCUGCAGCAGCAACCAAGACAGCAGCAUGGACAGCAACAGAGGGACAGGAGACACCCCUCCCCGGAGCAGCAGCAGAAUCAUCACCAUCAUAGCCUCUAUCUCGAUCCUCCGGGCUAUCAGGAUAUGUUCUUUUGAACCACCACCGACAGUAGCUGGCGCAAUUGUUCCGCUCUUGCUGCACCCUCCUCGCUAGUCGAGCUGCCCCCCCCCCCCCCCCCCC